CGCCGAACCACACACGGACACAGAGCUAUCCCUUCCCCUAAAAUUAUCAUAAUCAAACAAAAAUAUCCCUGUUACCUCUCUACCCAAUCCUAAUGAAGGAGCUUCGCCCUGACUGACCAAGGGAGAUGGGAAUACUAAAUAUAACCGACCAGACACCUCUGGUCCAGGCUAUAUUUAGCCGAAAUGUAGAAGAAGUGAAGUUUUUGUUGCACAAGAAAGAAGAAGUCAAUGCACUGGACCAAGAGCGCCGCACCCCCCUGCAUGCUGCAGCCUGUAUGGGAGAUGUUCAUAUCCUGGACCUCCUCAUCAAGUCAGGUGCUAGUGUCAACGCCAAGGACCAAGGCUGGCUGACCCCUCUGCACCGGGCAUCUGCCGCCAGAAAUGAAAGGGCCGUGGGGGUUCUGCUGCGGCAGGGAGCAGAAGUGAAUGCACGGGACAAGCUGUGGCAGACACCACUGCAUGUGGCGGCUGCCAACAAGGCCACGCGCUGCGCCGAGAUGCUGCUGCCGCAGCUCAGCAGCUUAAACGUGGCCGACCGCUCUGGACGCACCGCCCUGCACCACGCCGUACACAGUGGACACUCUGAGAUGGUGAACUUGCUCCUGAACCACGGGGCCAACCUGAGUGCCAGUGACAAGAAGGAGCGUCAGGCCGUCCACUGGGCCGCCUACCUGGGGCAUCUGGAGGUUGUCAAGCUGCUGGUGUCUCGUAGCGCCGAUGUUUCUUGCCGGGACAAGCGGGGCUACACCCCUCUGCAUGCGGCGUCAGCCAGCGGACAGAUCGACGUGGUCAAGUACCUGCUGCGGCUUGGGGCAGAGAUUGAUGAGCCAAACACCUUUGGCAACACAGCACUGCACAUGGCAUGCUACACGGGUCAGGAGGCAGUGGCUAACGAGCUGGUGAACCGCGGCGCCAACGUCAACCAGCCCAACCACCGUGGCUGCACGCCCCUGCACCUUGCUGCCGUCUCGACCAAUGGGGCCUUGUGCCUCGAGCUGCUCGUCAACAAUGGAGCUGACGUCAACAUGCAGAGCAAAGAAGGGAAGAGCCCCUUGCACAUGGCUGCCAUCCAUGGGCGAUUCACACGCUCCCAGAUCCUUAUUCAAAAUGGUGGGGAGAUAGACUGUGUGGAUAAAUAUGGCAAUACUCCUCUUCAUGUAGCUGCUAAGCAUGGCCACGAGCUCCUCAUCAGCACUCUCAUGACCAAUGGGGCUGACACAGCCAGGCAAGGGAUCCAUGGUAUGUUUCCGCUGCACCUGGCUGUGCUCUACGGGUUCUCAGACUGUUGUCGAAAGUUACUUUCCUCAGGUCAACUGUACAGCAUUGUGUCGUCGCUGAGUAACGAGCAUGUGCUGUCAGCGGGGUUCGAUAUAAACACCCCAGACAGCCUGGGGAGGACCUGCCUACACGCUGCUGCGUCUGGGGGGAAUGUUGAAUGUCUUAAUUUGCUGUUGAGCAGUGGUGCUGACUUGAGUAAAAAGGACAAAUUGGGAAGGACUCCUUUGCACUAUGCGGCUGCUAAUGGCAACUACCAGUGUGUGGUGGCGCUAGUGAGUGCAGGGGCAGAGGUCAAUGAGCUGGACCUAAAAGGCUGUGGCCCUUUGCACUUUGCUGCUGCAUCCCAGACCUUCCGCAGAGUGGACCGCCAUUACUCUGCUGAGAACCAGACUGAAGAGAGGGAUAAAGAAGGCCUGCUGUGUCUUGAGUAUCUGCUAGACAAUGGGGCUGACCCAUCCCUGCGCAACAGCAGAGGCUACAGCCCAGUCCACUAUGCAGCUGCCUAUGGAAACAAGCAGAAUCUGGAGUUGCUGUUAGAGAUGUCUUUCAACUGUUUGGGAGAUGUGGAGAGUAGUGUCCCAGUCAGCCCUUUGCACUUAUCUGCAUAUUAUGGUCACUGUGAAGCCUUGUGGGUUCUGGCUGAGACGCUGGUGAGUCUGGACGUGCGGGACACCAUGGGGCGCUCGGCGCUCUACCUGGCAGCCCUCAGAGGCCACACAGCCUGCCUGGAGGUGCUGCUGGCCCAUGGGGCCUCCAGCCUGCUUAAGGACCGCGGACGCAAGUGGACCCCUCUGCACGUGGCAGCGGUCAAUGGUCAUGCUGACUGCCUACUGAUGCUGGUCAACCGGGCCAACUCUGCUGACAUCAUUGACGUCACAGAUGCUAAGGGGCAGACACCUCUGAUGUUGGCGGCAUUGGGCUGUCACACUGAUUCCGUGCACCUGCUGCUGGAGAGAGGAGCUAAUCCUGACAUCGGCGACAAGUGGAGUCGCACUGCAUUGCACCGAGCCGCGGCGGUGGGUGCUGAGGAGUGUGUGUGUGCGCUGCUGGAGCAUGGUGCGCUGGCGCUGUGCCGCGACGUGCGGGGACGCACCCCGAUGCACCUGGCGGCCGCCCGUGGCCACCGCGAGCUGCUGGGCCUCAUGCUGGCCGCCGCGCUGCACGGCGACCCGCUCGACUCACUGCUGGACUACAGCGGCUACACGCCCGCUCACUGGGCAGCCUACCACGGGCAUGAGGACUGUUUGGAAGUUUUACUUGAACACAAACCGUUUAGUAUCCAGGAGGGCAACCCCUUCAGCCCUUUGCACUGUGCUCUAAUCAAUGGCCAUGAUGGUGCUGCUGAACUGCUGGUGGAAACCUUGGGAACACAGCUGGUUAACAUUAGAGACGCUAAAGGAAGAACUCCGUUGCAUGCCGCGGCUCAUGCCGAGAGUGUUGCCGGGCUACAGCUGGUCCUGGUGCAGGGGUCAGAGGUCAAUGCUGUUGAUCAUGCCGGACACUCGCCACUCAUGGUUGCCGCCGAUAAUGGACACACUUCCCACGUUGAGAUCCUGCUGCACCAAGCCAAAGCAGACCUCACACUGCUGGACAUCAACAACAACACUGCGCUUCACCUGGCCUGCAGCAAGGGCCAUGAGAUGUGUGCCCUCCUGAUCUUGGCUGAGAUAGACGAUCCCUCUCUCAUCAACGCCACCAACAGCGCACUACAAAUGCCCCUCCAUAUAGCUGCUCGCAACGGCCUGGCCACGGUGGUGGAGGUGCUUCUGAGUCGUGGAGCCACAGUGUUGGCAGUGGAUGAAGAGGGCCACACCCCAGCCCUGGCGUGUGCGCCCAACAAGGACGUGGCUGACUGCCUGGCCCUGAUACUGUCCACCAUGAAGCCUUUUCCCCCCAAAGAGUCCAGCAGUGCCCACUUCGGCCUCAACCUGCUCAAGCACUGCGGCAUCGCCGCCGCUCACCGACCACUUGCCAACGGCAGUCUGCGCCAUGGCUAUGCCAAGGACAGCUGCCUCACCGAGUGAGACACACGCACACAGGCAUAAACGCAAGCAAACACGCACUCAAACACAAGCAAACAUACACAAGCAUACACACACACACAUACACACAUGCGUGUGUGCACACCGACCAACCCCCUUGCUCUAUCUCUCACACACACACACACACACACACACACACACACACACACACACACACACAGGAAGUCUCAGUCAUGCCUCCCUGUUCAGCUCUGAACCCCCUCCCUCCAUAGCCCAGUACUCUCACCUUGACAACCACACCCCAUCCCCACCCCACCCCACCCCCAACACUUCACCUCACACUGUAGACACGCAGGAAUAUACUAAUUAGUGUGUGUGUGUGUGUGUAUGCUUGCAAUUGUAUGUGUGUGUGAGAGUGCGCAGAAUUUAACCUGAUGGGUGCAGUCAAACCUAUAUGCAAAUUUGUCACUCAAAAUCUAUAUUCCUGUUCCACUCCCUUCUCUCUGUCUCCACGUCUCCAUUGUCUCUCUCUCUCUCUCAUUUCCCACAAUGCCCUAAAACAAACAAGCAAACAGUGUAUUAAAAAAAAAAAAAAAAACAUUGAACAAUUUCAUUGUUCCGAGGAAAUUGGUAUCCGAACUUAAGAGCUAUGAAACGGUUGCCUCAAAAUUUGGCGUCAAGUGGCAGGCACAGUUAGCCAGUCUGGGCCACACGGGAGACUUGCAGAGGAGAGGAACCAACAGGUUUGACUGCACAGCCACAGGAUGGAGUGGGGUGGGGGUACCGUUUCCCGUGCAGACAAACCUCGCAUGAUGCAUUCUAAUGAAGGGGCCCAUUUAUGAUAAAACUUUACCCAGCCACUCCAGUUAUUUACAUGCUUAAACAGUCACAAUAAUAACCACAUUGACAGCUUUGCUUCUCCCCUGAUAAUUAUGUCACAGCAAUGGUUUGUUUUUGACAAAGUUUACCUGUUAAGUGAAUGUUGGGGGAAAAAAAGUAAAUAAAAGAAAGUUACAGAGUAAAGUUGACUGAUAGAAGCAUUUAGGGUUUGUCUGCACCGGUCCCCUGCCCCACAGUAAACUCAGACAUGAAGGAGUUGUCAGCCUUUCCACUCACAGAAGUGGAAGAUGAAGGAAAAAAAAAUAUGUGCGAUUGAGUGAAAGAAAUAUAUGGCCAUCUUUUGGGCUUCUCUUUCUGGAAAUGUCCAGAUGUCUUACAGUGCUGUGCCUAAAUCUCACAAACAGCUAAUGAUGCUGAUCAUGCUAAUCACAGCGUGGGAAAGAUCCCCUCCUGACCCACCUUAAUUACCCCUUUCAGUGAUAUAUACCCACCACCUGACCCACCUUAAGUACCCCUUUCAGUGAUAUAUACCCACCACCUUGAUCCUGCACUCCUCCCCAAACUAUGUGGAAUGAUUUUUUGAGACUUCAAAAAGAGAACAAUUCUAGGAGUUUCACACAAAAAUAGGAACAUUUUUCAAUGCAAUUUCUUACAGAAGGAAAAAAAAACAACAAGCACCCAUACCAACGCCAGGACUUUUUCAAAAGUUGCUCCUCUCUCCACCUCUCAUUGCUUUCCAGUACAGAGAACUGUCUGGAUGAUCCAUUAUGUGAGUAAGUUGAUGUUUGCACAAUAGGGUGUCAAGGACUUAAAAAAAAAUGUUUUCAAUAUAGCUGCUAAAAUAUAAUUGCCUUUGUUUUUAGUAGAUUGUAUUAAUGGUAUUUAAAAGCGGGUCUUUUUUUCCCCCCCUUCAUUCUUAUUUAAGAGCAAUACUCAGAGAGCCUUCAAAAUGUCUUACCUCACAUUUCGCUUGAUCCUGCAAGGCUUUGGAUGUUAAUACUCCUCUGAUUUACUUUCCUUAGAAUUCUGCCAAGAAAGCAGUUGGUUUUAAGAAAUUAACAUGGUUAUCCAGUUCAAGGCUAAAAUAUAUUUACACUUUUACUGAAAUAUGCACUGUUGUAAGAAAGCUACCACCAAAGGUGUUACAUGUUUCAUGCGAGGAUACUAACUCCCACAGAGCCACACAGAAUGCUAACAACCCCCGUUACCUUUGCCUGGUAUUACAUGUUGCCCAUCACCUGCUAUGAAGAUUACAUAUCAUUUCUGCAUGCUAGAUGUAUUCAACUGCCACCAAAUCAUAGAUCACCAAAAAAGUAAUAAUAAUAAAAAAAAAAUUGAAUGCAUCUACAGGUCCAAUGCACUUGAAGCUUUAAAAACAUAUAAAAAACAACAUAAUGACCUCAUAAACGGCAUCACUGUAGACUUGUCCAGUAACCAGGGUUUGUGGGCUCGGCCAAAUAUUUUCCCGGGCUGUGGACUCCAGGCCUUGUCGUUCGGGUUCGUCCCUGAGUACAGGUGUUGGCCACAGCUUCCCAAGUCCAUCGCAUGACAAUUGCUCUGCUACGAGACUCUAAAACCGCAGCAGGCAAUAGGCGCGCAUCCCUGGUGUCACACAGAGCAUCACAGUGAUGGUUAGCUCCCUUGUAAUCUCAUCCAGCCAAUUGCCAGCAUUUCACACUGUGCCCUAAUGAUUCCUUUGGACCUGGAUAAUCAUCUCCAUGUUCUUGCAAAUCUCUUAUCGAGCUUGCUAGCUAGCUGUUGGAGCACGUCCUCGAUCUGUUCCAUAUCAACCUUUAAAACGCUGUUGCCUCUCCCCGAAUGUAGUUGCUCUGUGCUCCACUUCUCUUGUCUGUUGGAUGCAGCCUCGGUAGCUGUUGCUCUUUCUCUCUGUACCUCCUGGCCUUACUGUAGCUGUUGAUAGUACACAGGCUGGGUUUGAUUUCAUUUAUUUAACCAAUUUAGGCUCCGCUAAGUAAGACACUCAAUAAGGUGCUCCUGAAUGAUAGUGGAAGAGGCCGUGUGGUGCUAUGAAACAAGAAAUCAGACUUUUUUUUUUUUUCUUUACACAUUAUUUUGCAAACAGUUUGUAGGCGUUUUAUCUUCCAUGCUUUUUUUGCACAGCUGGCCAUCUAUUCCAUAGUUAAAAGUGUUAAAUGCUAUAUCAGUCAGUUAAGCUUUUUUUGUGUAAGGUAGAGUUUUUAUGUAGUGUGUUAGUUUGUCAGUUUGUUGCUAGAAAAUCUUGAGUGUUAGUGCCAGCUGCCUUGGCCUUAACUGUUUUUGUGUAGUUACCAGGAGACGUAGUGAAAUCCAAACUAGCAUUUGGUGUGUUUGCAUUUUUAUUUAAAUUUUUGCACAAUUUUACUUGACCAUUUAAGCAGGAAUGAGUACCAUAGGGUUCUGCCUUAUGGCUUGCGUCGUGAAACAAACAGCAAUGUAUUAAGCCUAAGUUUAAAAGUGUAUUAUUGACUGACUUUUGCACUCCAGGUGAUCAGGCAACACAAUUUACUUCAAACAUUUUUCGGCUCUGUGUAGCUCUGGGGGAGUACUGGUGAGGAUUGGUGGCAGAGGAUAGAAAUUCUCAAAGAGCAGCUGGAGAGGGAGACUGCUAUGUUUCUUUGUGUUCGCUUUUUUCUUGUGUUUUGUUUUUUCGUUUUGUUAGUUAUGUUUGUUUUUCAUUUUGAAAUGACAAUCAGUCUACUAAGGGCUUUUUAUUUGUAAGGAAACACUUUUAUGGGGACUUGUGCAAAUAUCUUGACAUCCAAACAAGUUUCCUUUAAAAAAAAAAAAAACGGCAUAUGCGUGCGGUCAUGGCCAGAGUGUGCACUUGCUUGGUAUGUGUGCUUACUGUUUUUUGGAGGGAGGAAAAUAAUUAUGUUGUGCUUCCCAGUCACUUUAGCAAAAUUUACAGUGUAAAAAUCCCUUUCAGAUUGUAACUCAGAACUAUUAGUUGCCGCUGCUGUUUACAUAAUUCCACAAUACCUACAAUUGUUCUCUUUUAACAGAAUAUAGAAAACAUACCACAAAUGUUCAUGGGGUAUUGGUAGUUACAUAUAUCUAUCUAUAUACAUAUAUACAUAUAUAUAUAUAUUGACACAUACUUUUAUGCAUCAAAUUCAAAGUUCAUUGCAGACUGAGAUUUUAUUGUCAGGUCUAUGGUGCAUUAAAAUAGGAACGAGAAGGUAUCAUAUUUAAAAAAAAUGGAAAAGGAAAAAAGAACAAAAAAAACAGGAAAGUUGGGGAAAAAAAGCAAAUGCUAAUCUUGCACCCUGAUGUGGCCAGUACUGGUGUUCCACAAGGUAUUUCAUUUUAAAGCCUUUAAGAAAAAAAAGUCAAUAUCCUUUACUAUAUGCAGGAAUAGCAAAUGCCAAAACCAGUGUAAUUGCUAUUUCUCAUAUUUGUACUAGUAUGCUGAAAGAAAUGAUUGUAUUAAGCUACCUGAACUUUUUGUGGCAUUUUACAUAGGCCUUUUUCUAUGAUGUCAGACAAGGGUGUUGCUGGUGCGGAGAUAUCACAUCAACAAAUAAGCCAUUUAAUAAUAAUCUAAUUCAGCGGAAUAGGAGAAGGGAUUUUUAUUUGAAAUUGUACAUUUUGUUCAAACUAAAGAGUGGGCAAAUGAGCAAGAGAGAAACACAUCCUGCUCUAACACCCGCAUAACUUUUUCUUUGUUUUUUUUUUGUUGUUUUUUUUUUGUUUGUUAGAUUCUCAAAAUUGGACUACCAUACUUCAUUUAUUUUGGAUAGUGGGAUGAGUGCAAGUGAAAUAUUGCCACAGAUUGGCUGGCCUGAGUGAGGGGACUUGCUCCCCAUGUGAACCAUCUUGUCUUGUCAAGAGCUGUACGAAGUACUGACAGCCCAAACCCUCCUCCCGCACCCUGGCCAGACUUUCAGUCCUGUGAGAGGGUUUGAGAGUUGGGCCCGUGAUGGAGGAAACAGGCUUGCUUGAAAAAAAAAAAAAAAGCCUGGCUUUUUGUUUUGAAGGCCUUCCUCCCACCCCAACCCCAUUCCCCCUGUCAAGCGUUGGCUCAUUGUAUAGGACAUGGCUCAGUCCAGACCCAAAGCACUUAUCGAAUGAAUACGCACUUUUGUAUAUUUAAAAUAUCUAUAUGUAUGUGUGUAUUUAUGUAUACAUGUUACCUAUGUAGAUAUUAACAUUAGGGGUUACAGUUGUUUUACUUCAGCAAAAGAGGUGAGAGGGUGUCUCACUGUUCACUAGUGAGCAGAUGUGCUGUGUGUGUGUUUGUUUGUGUGUGUGUUUGUGUCUACGUAUGAGCAGCGGUAUAUGAGUAGGGAUGGUUUCUCUUGUCGGGAUCACUAUUUGGUAGCAGUGAAAGAAAAGCUUGCACCUGUAUGUGCAUACAUGUGUAGCACAAAAGUCCAUUUCAAACAGAAAAAAAACUAUUUGCACUGCCUUUAUUCAACCAGUUGCCAAAAAGAGCAAGGAUGUAAAAAAAAUGAGGACAAAAACUGACAUUUGAUGAACACAAACUAUGUAUAGCUAUACGUGGAUUUACAGACAUCUCUGCUGAGCCAUAGUACAGUAAUUUGCUGACUAAAAGUGAAUGUAAGGUCUAAAUUUUGAGUAGAUAAGACUAGUGAAGCUGACAUUACUGCACUGUCUCUAGACAAAAAGACAAAAAGUAAUAGAUUAAUUAAUGCAAGUCUGACACACUUUUUUGGGACCUGUUCAUUUUUUCCACCUCUGCUUCCAUCUGCAGAACAAAUGGACAAGGUUUGAAACGCAGUCUAAUCAUUUGAGCCAGUGUUUGGAUAUUAUUUUUGGCAAAGAAGCGGGUUAUAGGUUUAGCCAGUGCAUAUGCCUUAUGUUCUCAGCACAAAUUUCACACCAAUGUAAUCUAUAGCACUGCUCAUGGGGUCCUGUCUUUAGGGCCCCUCCAUUAAGCACUGUCCUGUGAAGCAACCUAACUCAAGUGGUUGUUAAUUCAAAAUGGCAGCCAUAAUCUCUACUGCGAUUGCCUUACAGUUACCUCCUAAUGUUCUUCCUGUGUUGUGAUGCACAAGCCUACAUCAACUCUUGUACUUGUUUGGAAUGUGUACAUCUUUCUUUCAUAUUGAUUGCAUAUCAAAAAGCAUUCAACCUUAACGACGCCCCAUGCUGUUACCUAGACCCGUAAGUGCCGUAGCAAUAUCCGUCUCUUGUUUGUCCUUGAUGGUUAUUGGAAAAAACAAUUGGGCCGUUGGUCAUCCUUUCUCCAGUGGAGGUCAGCACAAAAGAAGGGAAAAAGGGAUUCAAAGAGUGAUUCUCACCUUUUCAUUUGCCUUUGUUUCUACAAAGGCCAUCUCUGUUUUUUUCCAGAGUGCUUGAUUCCCAAAGUCCUUAUCACAAGUGAAACUCUUUACUAGUGCUGUUCUCCGAAGACCUUCACUAAGAUGCAAAUAACUAGUCUUGUUUUGUUCUCACUGAAAGGGAAAUAGUGGAAGUUGUAUCGGUGAGACAGCAAGGAUUAAUGAUUGGAAAAAACACAGUUCAUUACACUCCUCAAGGUGGUGAAAUUAAAUAUUUUUUUUUACAAAAAUAAGAUCCUUAACUGGCUCAAAUGUUGGGUAAGACUACGUUUCCCAGAAUGAUUGAGUAUUCUAGGAGAAAGAUUGAAGGGUUUUUAUUGCCUCUGCUCAUCUGUAUAGCAUCAAACCCAUAGCGAAUGUGCAUUUUGUCAGACAGAUCUCUGUUGUAAGGUAUGUUUUUGAGUUUUUGAAAAGCAAUAUUGCAGUCGGCCAGUUUGAGAAGAGAGGAAAAGAGAUAGACUUGCACAAACUUGUGGAGAUGGUAGCAGUUAACAGACUCAGAUAUACAAAACAUCGGAGCAUCAGUGAGAAAUUAUUCACACACAAGCAUUGAAGAAAAUGGGCAUGACUAGUGAUUUUGUACAUUUGUGAGUUUUGUUUUCCUUUGUUGUUUCUUCAGGGUACGGAAAUACUAGUUGUGGACUUGGCUUUUCAUCUGAACUCGUACAGGAAGUUGAUCUGUAUUUGACAGGAGUGGUGAUUCACUUCUCAUGUAGCGCCUCGUGAGUUUUGUUGGUGAGCAAUCACAGCUCUCUGAGAAUUAAUAGUAUUUGUUUUUUGUAAAGUAUAUGUUGGUGAUUAUUUAACAUCCAGAACUUUAUUCUGAUUUGAAGAUUGAGAGGGUUUGUAGGAAAGCUGGAAUUAGAUUUUUAAUUUUUUUUUUUAUUAUUAUUUUUUUUAUUUUUUAUUUUUAGUUAGUUUAUAUUCUAGUCAUCAUAGCUGUCGUGUCACAUAUUAACUACAGUGAUACUGUCCACAGCACAGUCUACUGGGAAAUCUCCCACUUACCUCCGGUGUUGGUAGAAGUUGCUCCUGAUAAGUGCUGACUGUGGACCAGUUGUCAUGUUCUAUUCUACUGCUCAGACUGCGAUAGAGGGGAGAGAGGCUGGUCCCAGGUCAGCAUCUGUGCAGCAACAUCUCCCCUGAGCCUUACCUCCAAGGGCACCAGUGUCCCUCUUUACUUGAAGCAUCGGUGAAAGGCAAUAGAGAAUCUUUUAUGUUUUCACCUUCCCCCUGCCCCCCAUAGAAAGCAUGCCUUAAACUUAAGGGUACACCACGUGAUUUCCCUCAAUGUAAAAGUGGAAAAAAAAAGUCUUUGUUACCUUACUGGUGAUAAUUGGUGUACAGGUUUUCAUAUCAAUAGUGGCUGCAGUUAUAGAAGAUAACCUUGUUUAAUAUAUAACAAAGUCUAUGUUGAUAUUGUAAAAACAAUAAUAAUGCAUCUAUGUAAAAAAAAAAAGUGUUUUUCAAGUUUUUGUCAACCUUCAGAUUCUAAAUGGGCAUAGCAGGGACUCCGCUAAUCCCUUGACUCUGAUAGCUGUACAUCUUGUCAUUUUAAAUGUACCGACCCAUGUGAAUGAGCUGUCUGUGACAAAUCCACCUGAAGAUCCUACCCUUUGCAUGAACCUCCCCUCCUUCCUUAGCAGCUCUAGACAAAUGGAAAGUAGACUGAUGUCUGUCACUAGCCUGAGGUUGCCUCCAUAGUACUAUGCCCUCUGGCCUCAUGGUUAUAUCGCAGCUGUGUCAUGGAAGUAAUAUUAGUGACCUUCUCUCAUUUGAUAACUUGUGUCCUCUGAUAAUGUUAAAGGCUAUUCUCAGUGAUCAGAGGUCACUACUCUGUGUUACCUCUCUGGGUUUUUUAGGAUGCAAGUGGAGAUUGCAAGAAGUUAGCGUCCAUAAGACCUGAGAGAUGUUUGUCCAUGUGCCACAGUAUCCUUUGGAGUCUUAGAGAGGAUUUCAGCCCAGUGAACAUCCAAAUGCCUUUCACCCAACCUACCCACAGUUCAUUGUUGUGUUUGGUCAGAGCACUUUCCAACUGAGGUUUCUUUGACACCAGUGGGACCCUCUGAAAGCUUGUGAUCUUUCAGUGGUUUUCUGUACUUGGAAGGGACAGUUGCUACAUAUUCAGGGCUGAAGGUGUCAAAAUAUUUUCUCUCAGAUGGUCCCAACUGGAGGCUGAGGUCAUGUAUGGCAACUUAUGCAAAUACCCAUGUUUUAUGGAGUUUAUGUUAUGCAUGAUGGAGUUAUGGGGUGAGAACAUUGCUGUGCAGUUGGAAUGUUAAAACCUGUAUGACCUAUUUUAAAUGAUUUGCCUAGUUUGUGCAACUUCUUUUUAGAUUAAUUUCAAACCAUAGACUCUACUGAGCAUUAUUUCCUCACAGAAAUGUGGUGUUCUCAGUUGUAACCACACUGAGAGGAGUUAGACGCCAUCGAUUUGUAGAAGAGGUUAUGGCAUGUUGGCAUUUCUCACCAAGAAUAUUGAUUAUGCAUUAGAGUUUAGAGAUUUGCUGGUGAUUUUGUUAAUUUCUACAGGUAAUUGUAGUGUCUUACUUCAUGAGAGAUGGUCACAUAAUUUCUGAAGAGCUACUAAAUUGAUUCAAAAUAUUUACAGUCAUUUAUUUAGUCUCUGUAAAUGGUCUUCCAUUCAAGCCAAUCUGAAGCCUUACGAAUUACCGCCGAGUAGUCCCGUUUCACAGGGCCCGUAAUGGGUCCAUCCACCUGUAGCAUUAGGCUUUCACAAAUUCCAUUAAUCCCAAGGAACUGGAAGCCAUUCUGUUGACCUGCUAGUUCAUUUUGUGUCGCCACAGCAAUGUCUGUGGACAUGAUUGUCAAAGCUGUGUACAGAGUUUGUGUUGACAGAUUUUUCAAAGCACAAGUCCAAAGAGGAAGUUCUUGACACUAAGUCCCCAAAUUCUGUUCUGCCAGUUUUGUUCACAGUAACCUUCCAUGAUGAAACGCCAGCGCUCCUGGUUUGAAUAUGGACUGGUUUUCAAGGUGAUUUCCAAUUGGGUAAACAUCCUUGUGUGGAAACAGAAGUUCAUCCAUGGCCAAAUAAUCAGUAGUUCAUUCAGUUAAGCAAUAUUUCCAUUUGUGAGCACAAUAAAAAAGCUGUGUGCUGUAAUUAAGAUUGCCCCUAAGAUUGUGCACAGCUUUGGAAACACAUCCUAUUAGAACUAAAGAACUGGCAACAUUACAGUAUCCCAAAAUCAAAAACAGUUAUAAAAUGUGUAAUUUCGAAUGUAAGUAGCAUAAAAAAAAAUAUAUUUUGUUUCAACUCACCAAUAAAGAAACAUUAUGCAUUCUACUGGAAGGGUGUUAGAUUUUAUUGAUUUAUCAAGAGUAGCUCUCCUAGGUGUGGAUUGUUGCAUGUUAGUGGAAUGGCAUGUUUGUUUAAUUUAACGCAGGGUUCAUCUGGAUUAAAUCUGAUCUUAACCAGAAAUUUGACUGAUUAACUGUGACUAGCGAAGGGAGUUUAACAUUGUUUUUAAGACAUUUUUUGCAGCCUGCUACUUCCCUUAAACCUGGAAACUAAACUUGAAUUAACAGCAAAGUAAAGUGAAUUAUGAUAAUCACAAGUGGGAGGUGUUUGAUGCAGUUGGCAUAGCUUCAUAUGUUUGCGGAUGUGUCUGGACAUCGAUGUGUUGGUAUUAAAUCUGCUUGAGAAGUCUUGCAGUGGAAUACCAUAAUGCAGGAUGAAGGGAAACCACCUUGCAAUCACUACCUUAUGGUACUAGGACAUCCAUAUCUAUGUGCUAUGUGAGUUUGUGUGAGUGUGAAUGAGUUAAUAUACUCAAGCAUUUCCCAUUUGAAGACUGAGGAUGUGUUGGUCCUCAUUGCGUGGCGCUGAAUAUUUUGUAAAGAAAUUUGUAUUUUUCCAUGUCUUGGCAUACUUUACACUCGACUAGUUUACACAACCAGAAGCCCAAGGAUUCUGCUCUCCAAUUAGUCAAUCCUUAAAAAAAAAAUACAUUCCCUUCUAGUGAUGGUAAGAUCAUGGUACUUCUAGUCUUUAAAAGUUUGUGGGCUUUUUUGUAUUUAGUUUGAUAGACUGUUUUGAUGUCUAAGAUGUUUGUGAACUUUAACCCUUUGAAAAGGAUAUCUCAACACUGUUUUGACUGAACGCUUGAAUUCUUUUCCAAAAUCUGUAUCUGGAAUAUAAGGCUGUUGGUUGCCUUAAACACCCAUUCUGAAAAGUUCUCAGUGUCCUCUAAAAAGAGCCGUGUAAAGUGAGCUUUAGAGCUCUCCCACUGGCUUCCCCCAUCCCUCUUCUCUGUGGUCUGUGGAGACCUGGGAGAGCUGAACUGGUUAGUGUUAGCCUACAGGGCACACCUGAAGCCUGGCAGUAACUCUGCCCUAUUCCCCACCCACACUGGCGUUCCACUACUGCCACCUGAUCGAGAGUGAGUGUGUGUGCAUGUAUGCAUGUGUGUGGUUGGUGUCAGAGAAAGCAGGUGUUUAUUAAGGCUUAGAGGACAAAAGCAGCGAUGUAGUAGAUCCAAUAUGAAACCCUAAUUACCUCAAAAUGUCAGUGACAGAAAUGAAUACAGAAUUGACCACAUUUUUCAUCUUCAAGUGGAUUUACACUUCAUUUGUAAUACACAAAUUCAUGCUAUUUUGGGGAAAUUGUUGGAAAAAAAGUUAUUAGUAUUACAAAUACUGAGUAUCGUUUUUCUGUUGUGCCUACCUCCAUUAUGUACAGGUCAUCUUUGUCUGCUAAGCGCAUAGCCACCUAUUUCUGUAGGUUAAAAGAAAGAAAAAAAAAAGAUGGAAAAAAUAUUUGUUUUUUCUAUCUUCAAAAAAAAAAAAAGAGUGAUUGUGUCUGUCAUAUUUAAGUGUUGAGGAUUAUAGUUGCAACCAACGACAGGAAUGUCUAAGCCAAGCUGUCGGUAGACCAACAAACUCUCCUGGGUCCUAGCGCAGCCAUUUCUUUGAAUUUUUAUUGAAAACGGAUCCGCUUCAAUGAGCCCCUCUCAAAAGCACCCUUUACUCAGUGAGCAGACGUCACCUUUUUCCACAUCCUGACAGUGUGUUUGUGUAUGUUGUGUGUUUGUGUGCAUCAAGCCAUAUGUUAUACCACGUUUACAGCUGUCGUGUUGAUGGGGAAAUAUUCUCGACUGUGUGGAGAUGGUGUGUCCAUGUGUCUGCGUCUUAAAACUAAUGUAACUCCAAAAGCAACAAACCGACAGAAGCUCUGGUUCAAUUCAGGCUGAGUUAGGGUGCAUGCUGCGCUCCGUCUGAAGGAAACACAUUUAUCGUAUCCAGCCUUAAAUCGCCAGAUGCAUCCCACUUCAGAGGUCAGCUGUUAGGCAGGGCUCCCACUACUCCAGAGGACCUCUACAGACCCCCACCCCACCCCCACCCCCACCCCCACCCCCACCCCCAGUCUCAGCCCCCACCUAAAAGAAAUGGGGAAAGAGAAAAGCCGUACAUGAUUUUCUGUGACAAUGCAAUCUCUGAAAGCACUUUGCCUUGUUAAAAUCCUAAUGUGUGCUAGUGAAUGGUUAUAUGUUGCAAAAUGUUACAUUUGUGUUUUUAAAGAGAGAAAAAAAAUCUAAGGAAUUAUAAUUUGAUGAAUUAAGACAUUUUAAAAAUUAUUCAAAUUUGCAUUGACCUCCAAGUACAGGAUAAGUGAAACUUCAUUAACUAAGGCAUUCAAAUCUGAUCGAUUUUUUUACAAUGUAUGCUGCAGCCAUUGAGUCUUGUUAUUCAGUAUUGUGGCUUAGAAUUGGUUAUGUUUAAAUAAAGUGCUAUCGCUUAAUAUCUA